AUGGUGAGUCCUCCGGAGACGCCAGAAGGCAUUCAUGAGGUGGGGGGUACUGUCACGGUGCUGCGGCCUAAUGGUUUGUUGCAAAGACCUAAUAAAUAUAUACAAGAGAAUUUGGCAUUAAAAGGAAAAGCUGUACAGUCGUCCACAUAUUACACCUGGGGAGCUGCAAACGCCAUCGAUGGCAUCAGAUACGCUCCAGGUGAAGCCUCAAGCUGCUCCAUCUCAGGAUACGAUCUCAGCCCGUGGUGGAGGCUGGACCUGCUGGAUUCUUACAAAAUUUACAAAGUGACCGUCACCAACAGAGCCGACUGCUGUCCGGAGCGAACGACUGGAGUAGAGAUCCGCAUCGGAAACUCUCUGGAGAACAACGGCAACAACAAUCCCAGAUGUGGUGUCACUUCAUCUUUCCCAGCAGGCAGUUCUGUCAGUUUCUCUUGCGGGGGAAUGGAAGGUCGUUAUGUGAACAUGUACAUUCCUAACAUCCAGGCGGUUCUCUCGCUGUGUGAGGUGGAGGUUUAUGGAACAGCCAAGAAGCAGGUGAUCCGAGUGCAGGUGAAAGCUGCUGAGAAUGUGGAUGAAGCUGAACUGAAGGAGCUUGUCUUAAACAAGUUAAAUCAGACGCUGAGCGAUCAGGACGUCAUACUGACAUGGAGGACACAACCCAAUGGGGAAGUCUUCCAGAAGAACAGGACUAAUUUGGCAUUAAAAGGAAAAGCUGUACAGUCGUCCACAUAUUACACCUGGGGAGCUGCCAUCGGCGGCAUCAGAUAUGCUCCAGGUGAAGCCUCAAGCUGCUCCAUCUCAGAAUACGAUCACAACCCGUGUUGGAGGCUGGACCUGCUGGAUUCUUACUACAUUUCCAACGUGACCGUCACCAACAGAGGCGACUGCUGUCCGAAACAAACGACUGGAGUAGAGAUCCACAUCGGAAACUCUCUGGAAAACAAUGGCAACAACAAUCCCAGGUGA